GGUCUAACUACACUAAUGAAAACUCAGUUUAGUUUUGGGAAUGAUCACAACGUUUAUCCAGAACUCAGAUUGGAAGGUGUGGGCUUACUUGAGAGAUCUUGUUGUAAUAAAUAUAUAAGACAAAUUCUUCAUUCCCGAAACCAAUUUACACCGAGAGGAAAGUUUUUCUGGUUCUUAUCAUAGAUAUCCGUUCUGAUUGUGACUGUGUGACGUCAUUCGCUAAUGUGUUUUUGUGUGCAUGUUACUCACAGCUAACGUUACUGGCGAUAUAUAGUUAUCUUUUAGUUAGCUAGCCAAUUUGCUAUCUAGUAGGUAACGUUAAGCAACUAGGAAAUAAACCCUGGCAAACGAGCGUAUGCCUUGCCUAAAAUAAAUGUACUUAACCGGCCAAAACAUUUAGCUAGGUAAACUAAGGUUACCUAGUGUAAUUGCGCAUGGCUAAAUCAUUUGUCGUUAGUUAGYCUUCGCUUGCUAGCUAACAUGACAAAAACUGCCGACUUCUUUUAAUUAAAUAUGUUUUGUGUUCACUUUUUUUUGGGGGGGGGGGUUAAGGAACGCAGACAACCAAACACUAAUGUGAAAAGCAAACGUAGCUGGAGCAAGAAGGGCUGUGUUUGGAGAGCUGUCCAACUUUCCCAAUGCCAGCAAAGCGGUGCCGUUCAAGAAGACUGUUCCUGCCAAGGCCUCAACCAAACAAUCUAUGAACCAACAAGACCAGCCAGCAGCUGUUCGGCCUAAACGUUCCCCAGUGCCUCAAGUUCCUCAGCCUGAAGUGUCUGCUAAUGUGUCCAUGAAAGAGGCAUUGUGCCAGGCGUUCUCAGUAGCUCUGCUUGCUGUAGAAGACAUUGACGAAGGGGAUUCAGACCUGCCACAACUGUGCUCUGAAUAUAUAAAGGAUAUCUAUGGAUAUCUGCAGCGCCUUGAGACCCAGCAGUCUGUCCGGCCCAAGUACAUGAAUGGCUAUGAGAUCAAUGGACGCAUGCGUGCUCUCCUGAUUGACUGGCUGAUUCAGGUGCACUCCAGGUUCCAGCUAUUGCAGGAGACUCUCUAUCUGACGGUGGCCGUCCUGGAUCGCUUUCUUCAGGUGCAAACUAUUAGCCGCAAGAAGCUCCAGCUGGUUGGUGUGACUGCCAUGUUGUUGGCUUCCAAGUAUGAAGAGAUGUAUUCCCCGGAGAUUUGCGAUUUUGUUUACAUCACAGACAAUGCAUUCACCAAGGCCCAUAUUCGGGAGAUGGAGCAGCUGAUUCUGCAAAGUCUGAACUUUGAGCUUGGACGGCCUCUACCCCUACACUUCCUCAGGAGAGCCUCCAAGGCUGGCAAUGCUGAUGUUGAGAAGCACACCUUAGCCAAAUACCUCAUGGAACUGACCCUCCUUGACUAUGACAUGGUGCACUACCACCCUUCUGAGAUUGCUGCUGCUGCCUUGUGCCUCUCCCAGCUGCUGAUUGAUGAGCUCAACUGGACUACAACACAGGARCAUUACUCUACCUAUAAUSAGAACCACCUCAAGCCAAUCAUGGAGCACAUCGCCAGAAACAUAGUUUCUGUCAAUGAAGGGAGAACAAAGCUUCAGGCUGUCAAGAACAAGUAUGCAAGCAGCCGACUAAUGAGGAUCAGCCUCAUCCCUCAGCUGAYGUCUACCUUUGUAAAUGACAUGGCUGCUGCUCUGCUCCCAGAACCUAAACCCUAAUGUCAUGAUGUGAAUGUGGACUGCUGCACUUUUUAUUUUUAAGAAAAUCUGUUGUGAGAUGGCCUUUUUGGACUGCUGCUUUUAARUACAUUUAACUUUGUACAAAUAAACCUUGUUUUGAACCCUUUUAAAUAUAAUCUAGAUGUGUUUUGGUUGUUAUGCUUUUAAACAUGGCUGUGUAGCAAUUCAGUUUUAGUUGCUGUUGAAAAUGUMAUUAAAAGCCACGCAGCCUGGU